AUGGACGUUUCCGAAUUACAACGAGACCUUCUCCGCAAGCACCGCAAUGUUGGCGGCAAAGUCCAAGAGAUCUGGCGCAAUUUUACACCUAAGCAACGUGAGAAAGCAAUGCGCGAGGCUGUCGGCGAGGGCAGAGUCCUCAGACACUCCCGCGAUCCAGGCCUGGAUGGCCUCAAGCAGUUUCUGCCGGACUGGAAUCUGCGAGACGUCACAUCUACUCCGGACUUCUUUCUUGAUCGCUGGAGAUUUCGAGCGGAGACGGAGCUACAGCGUCAAGAAGUGGAAGGCGCAAAUGGAGGCCCAAGCGACCGUGAAGUCAUAGGCGCUGGCGCUCAUUCGACACUCUCGCCCAGCAAAGCUCGUCUCCUGCUCAGCAGGCAAACUUCGACAUUCAUCUUCUACAAUCACCUCGUCGAAGAGAUUCUCGACCUAGAUCUCGAGAGCAGGCCAAAGAACCCUUCGUCGGUCAAACGGGCGACGGCGGACCCAGGAAAUGCGAUGGCGAAGCUUACCCUCCAGCCCAAGCCUUUGAAAGCAUCCAUCGCUGAGAUUAUCGCUCAUGCGGCGGACCAAAAGGCGGCGUCGGAGAGUUACUUGGAGCUCCUACGAAGCGAGCCAAUUGUGCUCAAUCAUGCUGUGAAUAUGAAAAACAUGAGCCGGCCAGAGCUCGUUCCUGACGAUCGAGGUCGCAUCCUUCCGAUGUUUACCGACAAAUACCUCAGCAUCGCAUUCUUCGAGGUCAUGUGUGAUUCAGUCAAAGCUCUUGUCACUUGGGAAUACAUUGUUCACCUACUCCGUAUGCUGGAGGGCGGCGGCAUGGAUGACAAGAUCAAGCGGCCGCUGGUCAUGCAGGAGCUUUCGAACACAUGCCAUCUGGAGUAUCGUCGCGCACAGGCCGAACUCAGGCGGCAGAUGUCGGUUCCUUUCGGGGUGGCCGCGGGUACUUUCAAAAGGAUCACGACAGGCGACACAACCAAGAUCGCCCUCAAACGCCAGCCAUCGGACUAUACGGCCUCAAACCCCCAGCUCCACUAUAUCUUACGUUUGUGUCACAACGACACCCGGCAUACGGAGGCUGCGAAAUGGAUUCAGAAGCUUGAUGACCACAACACGCGAUACCCAGACGAUUUUGAGCGACUCGAACAGGAUCAAGUUCGAGCGCUCGGUGAUUUGGCAAUCAUCCUCAGCUUCAUGCACACUCUGUCGACUUCUCUCGCGAUGGUGGCUGGAUCGAAGAAGCUGGGCAUCCUUUUCACAGGUCGAACGGUGGAGCUGGACACCGAAUUGGCUCAACACAAGCCGGAAGCUGAUUUCGGCGACCACCUCGUGCCUGUUGACAAUCUCUUGGAACCGGGCGUCGCCAGCAACGCUCUGCAAUCACUCAACGAGUUCUUGCUUGAGCGAGCUGGAACACGGUUGGGCUUACUGUACGAGGACCUGCUACAUGACUGCCUGAAGGAUGUAGAGAAGAAGUACUCGGACGCCAAGCUCCGCCUUGAAAGAGCCGAGAAGGACCAGCAGCCAUACGUUCCACUACCAGCUGACGAGGCCAAGCCAGCCAGCUUCCGGAUCGAGCAACGAAGAGAGAAGGCGAAAACACGCCCAGCUGAUGAGACGAGCGCAUACGACAUCACCGCCAUUGCAGCUCCCGAGCCAGAGGUCGUUGCAGUGCCCGCUCCGCAGUUCAAAGUCAAGGCAUCGACGGCUGCCGUCUUCCACACCAUCUUCGCCAAAGCAACCGCACGAGGAUCGGUCGCUUGGGCAGACUUCGCGACGGCAAUGGCGGACCUGCACUUCUCGGUGACGCCUAAGGGCGGCUCAGUAUACACAUUCAAUCCUCCGGAGUCGAUGGGAGCGGGUCGCUCUUUGACUCUACAUCGUCCUCACGCCUCCGAGAUAGAAGGCUAUGGGUUGUUGAUCUUCUCGAGAAGGCUGCAGAGGACGUACGGCUGGACGGCGGAGACGUUCGAAGCAGAAUAG